AUGACACUGUCAAUCUCAUUGAUGCUGAGGAGAUUCCUGCAGCCGCUCCAGGAAGAUAAUGCUUCAAUAGGGAACCUUGGUGCUGCCAGUACCAGCUCCCUUCAGCCUGCCCCACCAUCUCAACCCAGGGCCACUUCCUGAGCUCAACCGGAAGGUUCAUCACACCUCGCAUUGUUCCUCCAGAAUCCCAGUACUGGCGUUGACUGAAGAAAGAAAGUGCUCUGCAACUAAUUGCAAGUUUGAAGGCAGUGGAAAAUAUUGAGACUGAGGAAAAUAAGCCACAUCCACCCUCCAGAAUCCAAGUACUGCAGAAGAAGAGUGCCAUCUGCAAUGGGAACAGUCGAACACUGCAUGCAGCUCCAACAAAUCAGCAGACAGGGAAGGCUAGUUUUCCUCACAUCCGGAAGCCACUGCGACCCAUCCAGACCAAGAGGUAUCAAACCUGUGUGGUGAAAGACAUCUUCCUCCAUAGCGCCAAGCCGUUGAAGGCAGUCCAUGGAGCCAAAAUGGCCACCAAGACGCCACUGCCUCCCAUUAGAUCCAGAGUCACUGUGCCUAACAAUGGUCCCAAGAAGGAACUAUUCUGGCUAGUCAGACCAGAGGGAAACCCGCUGGUUUCCCUCUGAUCAGCUUGGCCUUCAGAAGGCAGGUCAUGAAGAAACAUAUUCAGAUCAAGACUCAGAUCCUAACUAUACAGGAUCUACCGACAUGCCCCAAUAAAUAUGGUAAGUAUUCUAUUCGGAGGCUGACCAGUUAAUGGCAUAUCUGAAGGCCAAGCUGAUCAGUGUCACCCAGGAAUUGAACCUGAUGAAGAGCGGGGCCAAGAUGGACGCUCAGGCUUUGGAGGAGAAGAAAGCAAAGGAACAGUUCAAGGCAAAAGUGGAGAAGUACACCUAG